UCAAUCUCUUCAAGAAUUCAACCACCUCUCUCUUUCUCUCUCUAGCUUCUCUCUCUCUCUCUCUCUCUAAAUUCUUCCAUCAUAUCAAACCCCAUCUAAAAGGGAGAAGAAAGAACAAAUUAUUCAGUUCAAUAAUUCAUUUUACAAGUUUAUUACAACCCUAAAAAAAAUCAAACACAAUUCACAGAAGAGAGGGUUUACAGUUUACAGGCACACUAAUUAAUUAAUUUAAUUGAUGGAGUUAUUUCCAGCACAUCCAGACCUAUCUCUGCAAAUCAGCCCACCAAACAACACUAGUAUCAAACCCUCUCCGCCGUCGUCUUCCACCGGCUGGAGAAGAACUUCCGAUCAAGAUGAGGUGGUCGAUAUGGCCUUCUGGCGGAGAGCUCUCGAUUCAAGAAACUCCACCGCCACCGCCACCGCCACCGCCAAGCCUCCUCCACCGGCCAACAACUCUAAUUAUUAUUCUUCCUCAAAUCAGUACUUCCACCGCCACCUCCUCCACGGCGGCGCGGGUUUCCUCCGGCAAGGGCUCUCCGCCGGUGAAGAGCUCGGUUUCUUGAGGCCGAUUAGAGGGGUCCCGGUGUACCAAAACCCUCCGUCUUUCCCGUUCGCCACCGCCGCCGCCCACCACCACCACCACCAUCAUCAGCAGCAGCAGCAUCUGGAAGCUCCGCCGCCGCAGUUGAUGGCGGCGUCCUCCGGCGGCGGAGGUGUAAAUCACAUCAACACCUCCGCCGGAGUGCUGAUGCGGUCGAGGCUGCUGUCGAGGUUUCCGGCGAAACGGAGUAUGCGGGCCCCACGGAUGCGGUGGACCACCACUCUACAUGCUCGUUUCGUCCAUGCCGUCGAGCUCUUGGGCGGCCAUGAAAGAGCUACGCCGAAGUCAGUUCUUGAGCUAAUGGAUGUGAAAGAUCUCACCUUGGCACAUGUUAAAUCCCAUUUACAGAUGUAUCGGACAGUGAAGUCAACUGACAGAGCUCCAGCUAAUUCAGGACAAUCGGACGUUUACGAAAACGGGUCUUCGGGCGACACGUCGGACGAUUUCCUGUUCGACAUUCAAAACAUGCAGAAAUCCGAUCAAAUUAAGGGAAGACAAAUCAAUAUUGAUCAAGAUGAAUAUCAUGGCAUGUGGAGCAAUUCAUCAAGUGGUGAAGCUGCAGCUUGGUUGCAUGGAAGACCAAACGACUCUGAAAGGAACGUACAAUCUCUUGAGGUACAACUUUUUGAACGUGAAAUUACAAAAAUACCCCUACACCCUCUUUCAAAAUUCUUUCCCAUGUCAAUAAUAUAGUGUACUUUCAUGCUUGUACAUAUAUAUAUACACACAUUGGAUAUAUGUAUAUAUAUGGUGAAUAAAGUGUUAAUCUUUUCUGAGUAUCUCUAUAUAUACAAAAGUAGAGGGAGCCUUUUUGCACACACACAGAGUGUGUGUGUGUGUGUGUGUGGAAUUAAAAGUCAAGUAAAAAAGUAAGGAAAAGAUCUUGAAAAUGUAAAAUUACACCAUACAUAAUGCAUGUG